AUGACUGCUGGGCGGUCGCGCUUCAGCCAAUGGGCAGAUUCUGCCAAAGGUAAGACACCCGAGAGGGAACCGAAAGCAACUCCCAAGCCCCGAGCUUGGAAGGAGGAGACCCGAAUCGUCUCCUCCGGUGCCAUUCCAAAGUGGGUUCGCGUCGUCUACCAGCCGCGGGUGACAGUGCGGAAGUCGCCGAGCUUGACCGCACCCUCCGUGGCAUUUUUGGAGGCUGGAGAGAUUGUAGAGAUUGCAGAAGUCAGACAAGGCUGGGUACGACUUGCUGAGUCAGAGACACAAGCUCGAGAUGUGUCCGAAGACUGUGAAGCGUGGGUUCUGCAAGAUGGCAAAGCUGUCAGCCUGGGCAUACUGUUGGAGCCGUGUGAACCCCGGUGGUUUCGUGUCGUCUUCGAACCACGUGUUCCGGUGAGAACAAAGGCCUCGGUGCAGGCUCCAGCGAUUGCCUUCCUGGAAGCUGGUGCUGUGAUCGAGGCUGAUGAAGUCUGGGAAGGCUGGGUGAGGUUGUCGACUCAGGACCGAAAGAACCUGGACAUUUCAGAUGAUUGCGGAUCCUGGGUUCUCAUCGAUGGGCAUGCAAAAGGAGCUGGCCGGCUUCUAGUGACUUGUCCUCCGCCUGCAGAACGGCGGCCGCAAUUGGAAGUCGCAGAGUAA